AAUUCAAAAUGGCGUUUGAAAAGGACAAAAAGCCCUAACUGAAAUGGCGUUCACAGAAGAUCCUGAAUAACCGUCAAACCACCGAUUUCCACCAAUGGAUUCUCGUGAAAAUCGGCCAAUUUUCAUCUACAUUUAUGAUUUAACCUCGCUAUUCUUCCGAUUCAAUUCCGUUUUGUUUCAAUCCGGAUUACGAACAACAUCAUUCACCCUUCAGAAUCCAAUUCAUCAGGUACUAAAAAAUGGCAGAUGGAGAAGAUAUUCAGCCCCUUGUUUGCGAUAAUGGAACUGGAAUGGUCAAGGCUGGUUUUGCUGGAGAUGAUGCACCAAGAGCCGUUUUUCCCAGCAUUGUCGGACGUCCACGACACACUGGAGUCAUGGUCGGUAUGGGACAAAAGGAUGCAUACGUUGGUGACGAGGCACAAUCCAAACGUGGUAUUUUAACCUUGAAAUAUCCAAUUGAACAUGGGAUUGUGAACAACUGGGAUGACAUGGAGAAAAUAUGGCAUCACACGUUUUACAAUGAACUCCGUGUGGCACCAGAAGAACACCCGGUGCUACUUACAGAAGCACCCCUUAAUCCAAAAGCUAAUAGGGAGAAAAUGACUCAGAUUAUGUUUGAAACGUUUAAUUCUCCUGCUAUGUAUGUUGCAAUUCAAGCUGUGCUCUCCUUGUAUGCUAGUGGCCGUACAACUGGUAUCGUUCUCGACUCUGGGGAUGGUGUGAGCCACACAGUACCUAUCUACGAAGGUUACGCACUCCCACACGCUAUCCUCCGGUUGGAUCUCGCAGGUCGUGAUCUAACUGAUGCCCUGAUGAAAAUCCUAACCGAACGAGGCUACUCCUUCACCACAUCCGCUGAACGAGAAAUUGUGCGAGACAUGAAAGAAAAACUCGCAUACAUCGCACUUGACUUCGAGCAAGAACUCGAAACCUCGAAAACUAGCUCGUCGGUUGAAAAAAGCUUUGAGCUGCCCGACGGGCAGGUGAUCACUAUCGGGGCAGAGCGGUUCAGGUGCCCGGAAGUGCUGUUCCAGCCGUCAAUGAUCGGAAUGGAAGCUGCUGGGAUUCAUGAGACGACUUAUAAUUCGAUCAUGAAGUGUGACGUGGAUAUUAGGAAGGAUUUGUAUGGGAAUAUUGUGCUUAGUGGUGGGACUACUAUGUUUCCGGGUAUUGCUGAUAGGAUGAGUAAGGAGAUUACGGCUUUAGCCCCGAGUAGCAUGAAGAUUAAGGUUGUUGCUCCACCAGAACGGAAGUAUAGUGUCUGGAUUGGUGGGUCUAUUUUGGCAUCUCUCAGUACUUUCCAGCAGAUGUGGAUCGCGAAGGCUGAAUAUGAUGAAUCUGGACCGUCCAUUGUCCACAGGAAAUGUUUCUAAUUUUGACAAACAAGAAAAACAGUUACUUUAUAACUACUACGCUAUUUGGAGCUCGGAAAUUCUGAUUUCUCAUCAUCAAGAAUACGAGCGUCCGCAGGCACGUUAUUCCCCAGUUUCUUUCAAGUGUUUUUUACAGUUCACUUCAACUGUCAAGCAUAAAUUUCAAUCAAUGUAUGCCAUUUUUGUUUCAUUUUUUUGUUUGUUUUGUGACUGUGUUUCUAUGAAUGAAUUCCUUAUGGCAUAAUACCAAUUUUAAGUUUAAGCCUUAA